AUGUUGGGUACUUCCCGCUUGAGGGAAGCGUUCGGGCUCUGUUCAGCCAUUCGAGCGUGCCAAGCACCCACAUGCUCCACGAGGAACACUUGGGUAUUAAGGAGGGUUUAUGCCCCAGAAGUAACACCUCCGGGAGGAAUUCAGCGGAAUCCUAGAGAAUUACCUGAUCUUCAAAAGUUGGAGGUUGUUGAUUUUGAAACAAAGAAGGCCGCGGGGCCUCUCAAAGUCAUUCUGUUAGAGGAUAUUGAAGGCAUUGGACAUCAAUUUGAUAUAGUUAGCGUUGAUAGAAAAACAGCUCGCACUGAUCUCCUUCUGUCUAGAAAAGCUGUUUAUGCUUCUCCUUUUGACAUCGAGUACUAUGCAAAGAUGAAAGAAAAAAUGGCAGACGAACUCGCUGCUCGAGUCAGAAUACCUUUCGAAUUCUUAUCUGUUGGACGAGAACUUCAGAAGCUUGUUGUCCCAAUUAAGGUGAGCAUGGACAACAAAUGGACAAUCGAUCGCCAAAUACUGAAAACAUCUCUUCGACAAGUGGGUGUUGAUAUACUUGAUGAUUCCAUAUACUUAGCAGACGAACCUGUGUCAGGUCCUAACUUUGAAUUAGAAGCUAUGUUAGUUCGAUUCUACGUUACAGUUUCGAAGCAAUACAUUGUGCCCAUGCUGGGUAGAUUAACGCAUAUUUCCGUGGAUGAGUCGAAACAAAUUCUGUCACCCUCUGGCUCAAAAUUACCGUCGGCAAAGGAUCUCAGUAAGUAUGGAUUAGUGCCUGAGAAGCCAUUCUACAGUAAAACGGCCGAGUUCGAGAGUGACUAUCCAGUCUUCGAUUUCAUGCAAAAAAAGAGGAUAAAAUCAAAUUAG